AUGAACGGGACGGCACAGCUCGGACCCAAGGAAAAGGGCCUCGAGGCGCGCCUGGCCGGAGAUGACACGCUGGGCCAGCCGCCACCUCCGGGCGUGGGCGUGACCUCGGAAGCCGCCGCCGCGGCGUACACACAAGCGCAGCAGGCGCAGGCGCUGCUCGUGCAGGCGAUGGAGAGGGAGCGCCAGGCGAUCGAGCGCGAGCGAGCGGCGAUCCAGCGGGAGCGGGAAUCGAUGGACUCGGAGAGGAAGCGGAUGGCUCUGGCGGCGUCGUCAGUGCCCACCACGCCGCCCGACCAGUGGGGCCGGCUCGAAGACGCCGAAAAGAGCGAAGGCGAAGCGAUCGCGAAAGAACGAAGGAUGCUGGCCGAGGAGCGGGAGGCCGUCGAGCGGCUCAAGAAGGCGCACAAGCGCGAGAAGGAGGCGCUCGACCGACAGCAGCGGGAGCAGGAGCAGCAUCGACAGCAGAUGGACGAGGACCGGGUCAAGAUCGAACGCGAGGUGCAAAUGAUGGCCAACCUGGCCGCCGUCGAGACGCAGGUGCUCAAGGAGGCGCUCGAGCGGAUGAAGCUCGAGCGCGGCGCGAUGGAAAAGGAGCGCGAGCAGCUCUGGAGCCAAGUCCAGCAGCUGACCGCCGCGCAGGAGCAGCUCGCCGUGGAGCGCGACGAUCUGAUGGCCGAGAACGAGCGGCUGGAGAAGAGCCGCGACGCGCUGCUGGGCAUCCAGCGCGACCGGGGCGCCGAGGGCCUGCAGGCCGAGCGCGACCGGGUCGAGGCCGAGCGACGCGAGCGGGAGCAGACCGAGCUCCAGCUGGCCCGCGACACGGUCGAGCGCGACAAGCAGGAGAUCGAGAAGAUCCGGGUAGAGAUCGAGAACAUCAUGAAGGCCUGGGAGAUCGAGCGCGACCGGCAGGCCAAGGAGCGACUGCAGAUCGACGCCGAGAAGGAGGAGCUGGCGGCCGUGCGGGCCGAGGCCGAGCGCCAGUGGCGCCAAAUGACCGCAGGAAUGCCUGGAAUGCCUGCGGGCAUACCGCGGCUGGCCAGCAUUCUGGCGCAGCAGUCCGCGGCCGCCGCCUCGGCCGCCGGCGUGAGCCCCAUCGCAGCGAUGCCGGUCCUCCCUUCCUUCGCGGCCAUGACCAUGAACGCCAACGGCGGCCUCUCGCUCGCGCCGGCUACGUCCGCCGCUGGAUUUCUCGUAGACGACAAGCAGCCGCAGCCGUUCACGCCGGUGCACCAGCCGCGCGGCGGCUCGUCGUCGCUCACCACGUCGCCCGUAUCGACGCCCCCGCAGCCAUCAUCGGUACCGGCCACGUCGUCGUCGACCGGCGCCAAGCGGAAGCGCAAGCGGGGCGACAGCCUCAACCUGAGCGCGGGCAACUCGACCUCCACCCACCAGGAGAGCGCGUCGGAGGCCGACUUCAAGAAGCGGCGCAAGGUGCGGCCGUGGGAGGAGCGCUUCGAGGAGCUCCUCCAGUUCAAGGAGAAGCACGGGCACUUCUCCGUGCCGGCCGGCGGCGAUUACGCCAGCCUGCGCAUCUGGGUCAACAACCAGAAGGCCCUUCACACCAAGGGGCAAUUGGCGGCGGAUCGUUUUGAGAAGCUCAACGUCAUCGGCUUCCCGUGGUGGAACCCCAAGGGCAAUCGCUCGGGGAAGGGCAAAAAGAACGAAGACGGCGACGAAUCGACGACGAUGGUCGAUGUGAAGAAGGAGGAGAGCGCGCAGCCGUCCGUCGGCGGCGGCGGCGGCCAGGCGCACGAGGAGGACAAGGCCCAGCGGCGCAAGGAGCUCGAGGCGUUCUUCGGCUGCUCGCUCGAGCCCUACCCCGCCCUGGUCCACAAGUUCGCGGCCAAGAACGCGGAGCGCGCGAUCGACAACGCCAUCGUGUGGCUCACCAUGCCCCCACAAAAAGACCAACAACAAGGCGGCGAAAAGAGCGAAAGCGACGCGAAUAAGAAGAGCGAAAGCGAAGCGGAGAGCCUAAAGCCUAAGAGCGAAGAGACGAAAGCGAUGGCCGAGCGGAGGGAGAAGGUGGCCCUGCUCCGGCGCAUCGAGGGCAUCGUGGGCCUCGGCGACGACCCCCUGCGGGAGCUGAUGGAGAAGGGCGGCUUCCGGGUCUUCUCCUCCGACGUGAGCCUGCGGCGGGAGGACCUCGACUGGCUCAUCCACCACUACGACGAGAUCAAGAGCGCCUUCCUCCUCUCCACCUUCUCCAAGAAGGUGAACAAGGGGGACUGGAAUCAGAAGCUGCUGAUGAACGAGGUGGAGAAGAUCUACGCGUCCUUCCUGGGCUUCGACCUGCAGCACCGCAACCUGCGCACCAAGUUCCUGUCGACGCUGGGCAAGGCCGUGAGCGAGUGGAGCUACUACCUCCCGCGCGACCACUUCACCCUCUGGUCCCACGCUGUGUGCCUGCGGGCCAAGCACCUCAGCCUCCAGCAGCUGAGCGGCGGCGAAGGCGGCGCCAGCCUCGGCCUCGGCGAGGCCCAGCUCCUCCAGUUUGACCGCGACCGAUUUCUGGUCGACCGGCGGCCGAGCCUGGGCGACGUCGACAGCGGCCGCAGCGACGGGCCAAACCCGCUCGUACGGCUCCUCAACCUUCCCUACCUGGUCGACAUGGACCACGGCAGCCCGACCACCUCCACCUCCACCUUCACCACCUCGACCGAGCCGACCGCGUCGGCCCGUCGGCCCAGCGUGGACGCCGACCCGGCCCAGUCCACGUCCUCGCGGGCCUCGUCGCCCCCGUCGCUCUCCUCCUCUUCGUCGUCGUCGCUCAACAACUCGACCGACGAGGGGGUGAGCUCGCUGCUGAACAGCUUCAACCUGCCCAACUUCCCGUCCUACGUCCACAAGAAGCCGUUCCAGCGGCGGCGCGGGUCGUCGAGCGUGCCCGGUGCGUCGCUCGCCGCCCUCGCCUACCAGCACAUGCAGCAGACCCAGCAGCCGCAGCCGCCGCACGUGUCGGAGGUGAUCAUCGAAGAGGUCAGCAGUGAUGGCGACGACGAGCACGAAAUGGUAGAGUCGAGCACCACCACCACGACUCGUACGACGUCGCCGGGGCGAGCGCACCCGCACCAGCAGGCCACGGUCGAGGAGAUCGAGGAGGAGGACGACGAUGACGAUGAUGACGUGGCGCCGCCUCACAUUGUGCGCCCGAUUGCCCAGGAGGAGAUGGACCUGGAGGGAAUCGACGGCGAGAGCGGGGGCGAAGAGGAGGAGAGCGGCGGGCCGUCGGCCGGCCGCGAAGGGGAGCUGAUGAUCGACCUCAACGACGACGGCGAUGGCGAAGAAGACCACCACACGACAUGCCCGCCACCGCCACGAGAGUGA